GUCGGCCCAUCACUAGAUGGUUAUGGGAACCCGACCCGAAUCUCAUAUCUCGACAUUUUUUUUUUUAAGAAUUUAAAUUCAAAGAGUGUCUCGUUCUCUCACGCAAAUAAAGCUCAGCGAAGCACAUUGUCCCCGGCAUUUCCCGCCAAAUUCGUUCCCAAACCGCUAGGGUUUCUCUUCAGUUCUCUCUCUGCAUCCUCUUCGUAUAGCUGCUGUAACUUCAUCUUUCCGAUUGGAAGAGGCAAACAAACGAAGAAUUUCGACUUUUGCGGUAAAUCUCCGCAAAAGUGUUACCACUUCAUAUUUCGGAUUUCAGCGCCAAUUUUCUCGUCCUUUCAUCUGUGAUUUUCGAUUUCUUUUUACGUUUUGGCGUUUCAGGAAGUUUUUCGUAUGAAUCGGAGCACACUCCGAGAGACGGCCAGUUGAGCGAGCGGAAAAUCACAAUCGGACGGUCUGUAAUUUGAUAGCUGAAGGAUUUUCUUUGAAACCAAUGGAAUCAAAGCUUUGGAGCUGAAUUUUGGUCAAAGUUCGGGUAUGCCAGUGCAUUAGAUUGUCUUUGAAGGUUGAAAUGAGAUGCAAUGCGUGUUGGCGAGAACUGGAAGGGCGAGCCGUUUCCACCACCUGUGGCCACCUUUUGUGCACAGAGGAUGCGGGCAAGAUCCUUGGCAGUGAUGGAGCGUGUCCCGUUUGUGAUCAAGUGCUCUCUAAGAGUCAUAUGAAAGCUUUUGAUAUCAAUCCAAAUGAUGAAUGGAUAAAUAUGGCCAUGAUUGGAGUGUCUCCACAGAUAUUAAUGAACAGUGCACACAAAAGUGUCAUGUUCUACAUUGGCCAAAGGGAAUUGGAAAUGCAGUGCAAGAUGAACAGAAUGCAAGCUCAGUAUCGGCAGAAAUUUGAAGCAAUGCAAGAAAAGUUUGGUGAGAAAAUGGAACAGCUGCAUGCUGCAUACCAGAAAAUGGCAAAGAGGUGCCAAACGAUGGCGCAAGAAAUUGAGAGCUUGUCCAAGGAUAAGCAGGAGCUGCAGGAGAAGUUUUCAGAGAAAUCCAGACAGAAGAGAAAAUUAGAUGAAAUGUAUGAUCAAUUGAGGAGUGAGUACGAUUCAGUUAAACGAUCCGCCAUCCAACCGUCGACCAAUUUCUUUUCAAGAAAUGAACCUGAUAUUUUCUCAAACCAAGCUAACAUUAUGAUGGAUAACAGAGAAGCUGUUAGAAGAGAUUGGUCCGUUCUUACUCCUGAAACUCCAGGGCCGAAGGAGGAUAUAUGGCCAGCGAGACAGAAUAGUUCAAACUCCGGCGGUCCUUUUGACAUGCCGCUUGGCUCACCAGCAAAACAAGCUGCUAUUCCAGUUGAUGCUGGGAAUAGAAGGGCUGGUGCUCACCCUAUGUUUGGAAGCGGAGCUAGCAACCCCGCAAUGACUUUACGGAACAUGAUACUCUCCCCAAUAAAGAGGCCUCAGCUCUCCCGCCGUCCCCAGAUGUUCACGUUCUAGGCUCGAAGUUGAGUGCUCGCUGUUUGCUGAAAGACAUGCCGAAUAUGUUUACUAUGACUAUAAUUUUCUUUUUCGAAAAGAAAAAGAGAAUUCUCGCAGACCCUAUUACGAAACAAUCAUAUGUUGUAACAGAAAAAUGCAUCAGUUGUGGCAUCAUUUGGUGUAAAUAUUUUCGUUCUGGGGUGAAACAGCUUCCGGUGAUAUGGUUAUGGCAUGGACGUUGCACCCCGGAAGCUGAUUUGCCUCCCAACUCUUCCCCCUUCCCUCCUUCACUUGAUGUAAUUUCCUUAGCAGAUAUCAAUAGUACGGAAUGUUUCUGGCA